GCUGCAUGGAGGAGGGGAGUUUCACAGACUCCUCUGCCCGGCCGGCAGGAGGAGGAGGAAGUUUGGAGAUUAAGCGGCUGCCCGGAGCGGGAGCGCACGGAGCGAGCCGGGGCGCGGCCGCGGGCGCUGGGAGGGGGACACCCGGACACUCGGCCAGCGCCGCCGGGGGAGGUACGGGGCGGGGUAACCUCCCGCACUCCCUGCUCGCACCCCUGCACCCGAAUACUGAGGGGGAGGAGGAGCGGUGUGCGAGGGCAGAGCACGGCGAGAGGCUGUCGAAUGCGGAGAUUCAACAGAGGAAAGGAAAAGUGACUCCACUUUGCCUAACCCAACAGUAAUAUAUUUGGUUUUACAAAGCCUAUGUCUGAAGAGAUGCCAGAUAAAACACCAGGUGGUACAGAGCCUGUGCCCAGAAGUGAAGAUGACUUCCACUUGCCUCUUGAUGUUGUACCAGCUGUGACAGAGGCCCUUGACUCCAAGACAAAAGGGGAAGAUUUGCACAAGGAGAGCAGACCUUUCCACUACUGUGAAAAAAACACCAUGGACCUGUCAGACAGUGACCGUCCUGUCAGCUUUAGUUCCACUUCCUCCUCUGCGUCCUCCAGGGACAGUCACUGCUCCUUUGGAAGCAGAAUGACCUUGGUUUCCAACAGCCACUUGGGAUUGUUCAACCAGGAUAAAGAAACUGGUGCCAUCAAGCUAGAACUAGUCCCUGCCAGGCGAUUUUCCAGCAACAAGAUGUGCAAAAAUUCCACUGUUGAACAAGAGGAUCCUGAGGAAAGCCUUGAAAAAAGGCCAAGCGUGCCAAGGAAAGUAGAACCAAGAGGAGCAAACAAAAACUGUGCAAUGUCCCUCGUCACAGAGCCCACCAGUCCGAAGCUUCUCUACGUAGACAGAGUUGUCCAAGAGAUUUUGGAAACAGAGAGGAUGUAUGUGCAGGAUCUAAAAAGCAUUGUCAAGGAUUACCUUGACUGUAUCACUGACCAGACCAAGCUCUCCCUGGGGACAGAAGAGCGAUCAGCCCUGUUUGGAAACAUACGGGAUAUCUAUAAUUUCAACAGUGAACUUCUGCAAGAUUUGGAAAACUGUGAAAACGAUCCUGUGGCUAUAGCAGAUUGUUUUGUUUCCAAGAGUGAAGAUUUCCACAUAUAUACGCAGUACUGCACCAAUUACCCAAGGUCAGUGGCUGUGUUGACAGAGUGCAUGAGGAACAAGGCGCUGGCCAAGUUCUUCAGAGAGCGGCAAGAAGCGCUGCAGCAUUCUCUGCCCCUGGGCUCUUAUCUCUUGAAACCUGUCCAACGCAUCCUCAAGUACCACCUGCUUUUGCAUGAAAUAGAAAACCACCUUGACAAGGACACUGAGGGAUAUGAUGUGGUGCUAGAUGCCAUAGAUACCAUGCAGAGGGUGGCAUGGCAUAUAAAUGACAUGAAGAGGAAACAUGAACAUGCCAUCAGGCUCCAGGAGAUACAGAGUUUGCUCACUAAUUGGAAAGGGCCAGACCUCACGAGUUACGGGGAACUGGUGUUAGAAGGAACAUUUCGCAUUCAGCGAGCUAAAAACGAGCGCACAUUGUUCCUCUUUGAUAAGAUGCUGCUAAUCACAAAAAAGAGAGAUGAAAUGUUUGCAUACAAAGCUCACAUACUGUGUGGAAACCUGAUGCUUGUUGAAGUAAUACCAAAGGAACCACUUAGCUUUAGUGUCUUCCAUUACAAAAAUCCCAAGAUGCAACAUACUGUCCAGGCAAAGUCGCAGCAAGAUAAGCGCCUUUGGAUUCUUCACUUGAAGAGGUUAAUUCUAGAAAAUCAUCCUGCUAAAAUUCCUGCCAAGGCCAAGCAGGCAAUUCUCGAAAUGGAUGCCAUACAUCACCCAGGCUUCCACUACAGCCCUGAGGGAGAAAUGAAAUCAUUAUACCAGCCUAAGGAAGGCACUGCUCCUCACAGAGUGAGAAGGAAAUCAGAACCCUCAUCUAGAGCCCAUAAAGUUUUGAAGUCAAAUGAUGUAAGUCCAGAUAUGCAGAAGCGGAUUGGUAUUGAGGGGGCUCUAUUAUCUCAAGCCACCAAACUAGGAUCAAGUGAAGCCCUGCUGAAUUCUAGGAAAAAGGUUUCAUUGGAAUCCAGUGGGCUGGAAAGCCAGUUUCAAGAGUCUAUUGAACCAGCCUACAGCAGCGACCAGGAUGAAAAUCUUCAGACUUCUGCUACAGAACAGAUUGAUGCUGAUGAUGAAGAAGAGUCUGAAGAGGGAGUACAGCAAAACUCACUGCAAAAAUCAAAAGGGGGAAGAAAAAGACUUAAUAGUCAAGCUGCUGAAAAUGUUGAAAAACGGAGAAGUCUUAAUGUCAACAAGUGUGAAAUGCAGAGCUCCAAGAACCCCUCAGAUGAAGAGUCAACCCAGUUGAAUACUGACCUUCCAUUCUCCUGCACAGCUAGACAGUCACAGUCUCCUAGACAAUUCAGCACAACCCAGAGCAACUCGCUAAUCAUGAAUAUCCUGGGAGGAAGUACCUCUGUCAGAAAUAUCUGGACGGACCAUCAGAUCAGGCAGGCAUUGUUUCCAAGCCGGCGCCCACCUUAUGAGAAUGAAGAUGAUGAAGAUGAUUAUCAAAUGUUUGUACCAUCACUGUCUACAUCCAAUGCAAGUUCAGCUGUCGAUGGAGAAAGGAGGGGUUCUUCUGGGCGUCCAUGCAGCUGGCAUUUAGGUGUAGUGCAUCAAAACGAGACUUCCAGCCCCACUCGUCACAAAAUUGUCAGACGGGCCAGUAGUGCUGGUGAAAGUAACACGUGUCCAGCCAGCACAAGGUGCAAAAUAGUGGAGCGUGGUUCUCGAAGGGAAGGGAAGAUAGCAGAAGUGAGCAAUAGGAAUGCAUAUCCCGAAUCUUCAGAGGAGUUGACUAUCGAUGAUAUUGAACACGUUUAUGAUAAUAUAAGCUAUGAAGACUUAAAGCUGAUGGGUCUGACAAGAAGGGAGGAGGCACACCGUGGUCCCCAGAGAUCUGCUAGAGACUCUCUCUAUGAGGCUGAAAACAAAAGCAGCUUAGAUUCACCCUCCAAGAAGAGGACAGCAAAUCAAAACAGGGCCUUCGCUUCUGUUAGUAGGGAGGAGAUACUACUCAGUAAAGAAGCACCUACUUCAAGUGCGGAUGAGCUCAGGAUUGUUGAAGACAACAUCUAUGACACCAUAGUGCUUCCAGAAACACCACUAUUGAAUUUUAAAUGUGACCCCUUAAAAACCUCUAAAAGGAGAAGUUUUUUGGAAAAAGACCUUGUGUAUUGUGACAAUCUACAACAUUUUGUUUCUGAAGAGAGUCUCCAGUUCAGUGAAGAUGAAAGUCCUUACCAUCGUGUUCCUGUUGACAAUGACUAUUUGAGCUUAGUAGAUAGCUCCUCCAACUCUGAUUCUCUGUCCCAUAAAUCUGCAGCAGAUAAACUCUCAGAGGAAGUAGAUGAGAUUUGGAAUGACCUGGAGAACUAUAUCAAGAAAAAUGAGGAAAAGACAAGAGACCGUGUCCUUGCAGCCUUUCCUGUCUGUAAAGAUGAUAUGCAGGAGAGGCUGCAUGCUGGUAGUACACCUGAACUGAGUAAAGAUGUAGAGUACUCACUGUCUACUCUCUCUCUGCCAGAAACUCCUAUUUUCCCUAAAACUGUGAAGCCCAGGGCUGCCACCAUUAGUGAGGCUAAUCUCAGGCUUGAAGACACUACACCAUGCAAGAACUCUUUUAUGAGUCUGAACAGAUCUUCCUUCUCCAGUGAGAUGCCUCUUGUAGACAGUCCAUAUGAACCUGCCAAUAACGUUCUGUCCAAUGUGCAUGCAGAAAGCAUGGAAAAUGACUUGGCUGUUGUGGAUAAAACGAAGAACAGAGUUUUUAUGAUGGCAAGGCAAUACAGUCAAAAAAUUAAGAAGGCUAACCAACUCUUGAAAGUUAAGAGUCCAGAGCAGGAACAGCCAGCUAACAGACAACAGAAACUGAAACACAAAGAUCUUGCUGCUAUUCUGGAGGAGAAGAAACAAGGGGGGCCUGCUAUUGGUGCCAGAAUAGCUGAAUAUUCCCAGCUUUAUGACCAAAUUGUUUUCAGAGACAGUACUCCUAAGGUGCAAAAGGAAGCCUGGGCCACUCCUCAGGAGACACCAGCUGGGAGGUUUUCCACGCCCGUGGCCACAUCACCUCCCCGUUCCCAGCCUGCCAGUGAAUGCCCAAGAGCAGAAGAUUGGCUUUUGCAUUCUACGUACAGUAACGGCGAGCUGGCCGACUUCUCUCCGUGGUCUGAAUCCCAAGACCCAAAGUCCAAGAACUCGUAUACAGAAGCUUGUACAAAAAGUAAUUCGAAGCAGUUGCUGUCAGCUGGCUCGGUGCCUUCCCUUCAGAUUUCCAACCGUUUGCAUGUCCCAGCGCAGAGGUGGAGUGCCAUUAUAAGCCAACCGAACAAAGAGAACUUGCAUCAAGAUCACAUCUAUAAUUCGCUUGGGAGGAGAGUAAGCAGUGUAAAACCACAGGCAUACAGCAGGUCACAGUCAUCCUCCUCAAUUGUGGUCAGCAGGUCUGGAGAGUCAAUUGUAUACACUAAUGAAAUUGACAAGAAAAAGCUCCAUUCAAACAGGAACUUCCGAUUCAACAGUCAUCAAAGCCCUGCUAUUGCUUCAGCGUGUACAGGGCCGGAGAUGAGAAAGCAGAUUCCUGAAAGCUGUUCAGAUAUGAUUCUGCAGGAUUCUCAAAAAGUCCUGAGAGUGAACGGGGCCUCCCCUCUGACAGCACAGAUGGCCACUCAGAACUACUUUUCGAAUUUCAAAGAUACUGAAGAAGGAGAAGGGGAUGAUGAUGACUAUGUUGAAAUAAAGUCUGAAGAUGAGGGAUCUGAUUUGGAGACUUCUCAGAACCAAACAAGGAAAUCAGAUCCUAAACUGCGUAAUGCAGACUCUGCUCCUUCUGAAACGCUCUGCGGCAAAACUGUCUCAUGUACUCCUGCAAAGUCUGCCAGCAGCAAACACGCGCUUACCCCAUAUCUGACUGCAUAUAGUGAUUCGGAUAAGCUGAAUGACUACCUGUGGAGGGUACCAUCUCCUAAUCAGCAGAAUAUUGUACAGUCUUUAAGGGAAAAAUUUCAGUGUCUCAGUUCAAGUAGCUUUGCUUGAUGCUUUCAGUAAUUUCUAGCUGUACUGCCUUAUCAUGACAGAGUAUAUACUAGGACAAUCAGUACUGGCAUUAUGUAUUUCCACAAUAUUACACAAUCAGGCAUUGUAUCACAAUAAUAUUGUAAAUAGAUGUGAAAUGUAUCUUUUUUAAAAUGGUUUAGAAUCCUGAACAUGAAAAAGGCCAUAUGUGCACUGUCUGGAGUUCCCUCUCCAUAGCGCAGGUGGACUUCUCAUCUCCUAUUGGAUCUUUGCAUCUCUUCCCUUGUUAGGUGUCAUAACUCCCUCAUUCUUACCAUCAAACCAGGUCUGAUACCAUUUGAUUCUUAAAGCAUUUUAUCACAUGGAAACCUUAGUAUUUGGACUUUCCGGUUGGUUUCCGGUGUUCUGCCUCCAGAAUACCUGUGUGAUUACUCUGCCUACAUAUAGGAGCAUUUAGCUGAGUAGCUGCUCCUGUGACUGGGCAGGGUUCUGGUAAUUACACCAACAGACAACGUACAUAAUGGCACAUACUUUUUUGCACAUUACUUUUCGUCAGACAGAUUCCAAGUGUGUGGGACCAAUACAUAUGCUACAUUACUUUAGAACAAGCUUCUUACAUUUUAAACAAAAUCUGGUCCUAGUGCUUGAUAGCGUCUUCUACUUCCUGGAACUUAUAGUAGGCAGAAGACAAGUAGUGGUAGCUUUUUAUGAGAACCUGUGCAUGUGACAUAGUCCUUGUCUGAGGAGUGGUUCUGGCAAUAGAAGGGGAGCUCCACUGCUUAUGAAGAGGACUAGACCAGUUUUAGAACCUCCAGUGAUGGUGGUGUUUGUGACACACAAGGGAUAUUUGAGUAUCUUGUAGCUCAGCACCCAGCAUUUGAAAGCUGUUGUGUGAGAGAGUGCAAAGUAGGUGUGACCUACUUGGGUGUUUGUUCAAGUCCCAGUGUGUCAGUAACCCUGAGAGAGAAUGAGGCUUGACCAGGUACUUGGGUGAAAUACAUGCCCUGAAAACAUGGGGCAUGUUUGGCCCAUAGCAUGGUUCAGUGACACUGGUGGUUGAGUGACAAGCAGCUGUCCCCAGGGCAUGCAUCUCCUGUAGUAGGAAAUGAGCCUUCCUCACAGGCAGAGGUAAAAGGUGUGUUUGCUAAAUCAGCCAGGGCUAACUCUAAUCCAAUUUGUGUACAAUAAUAGUAGCUUAAAAAAUGAGAAUACAUUCCAUUAUUUUGCAAAUAAUGUAUAGAAUAAAUGCUGCCAUUUAGAGCAAAGACAGGCUUUCCAGUAUGAUGCACACUUACUCCCCUUUGUCAUCUUUGUUGCACAGCUUUGGAUUCUGUUACUUGAAAACAUUGUACUUAAAGGAAAGCCUGAAUACGUCUACACUGAUCAUUUUGUGUGACUGUUGUUCUUUUUUGGUGCUUAAAUUCUUCAGCUUACAUGGAUAAAGCCAGUACCGAGUUAAACAUAUCAGUAAACAAAGGAGUUUCAUCAAAAUAUUAUUUUUACUAACCACUUAUCACUCCCCUAAGCUACAGAGCACUGUACUUUUGGAACAGCUGACUACUACAUUGGUCACCAUGAGGAAAACCUGAAAUUCAAUGUACAGCUAACUACUUGUCGACUAAGAUUUGAGGACUUGAAUUUAUUAGAAUGGAUUAAAUUAUUUACCACACAAAUCUUGCAUUGGCUAUAAAUUGUUAUUUUGAGGGCUGGUUGGUCAUGGUACUUGCUAGCUCAUACCACAGGGAUACUUGUUACAGUCAGCACAUCCACUGUGAUAGGACCCGUAUCUAGUAAAAUCUGACUGAGGAAUAAUGUUGUACAUAUUUAAGAUGCCGAGGUGUAGCAGAGCCCGUAUUUAUUUAAUAUAGCUUGUAAAGUAUUGUAAAUAUGGAUAGAAGGUAAAUCUGUGCGCGCACGUCUAGAUUGGUUUAAACGGCUUAGGGGAAUGUUUAACUCGCAUCUCAUGCAAUCAGUGGAGUUGGGAGGGAGGGGUAAAAAAAAAAAACAACAACAAACAGAAAAAGGGACUUCUACUAGCAUUGUAACUUCUCCCAGGGACCAUUUCAUACUAUUUUUAAUAAACGUUGAGUAUGCAAAAA